AUGGCCAUGCAAUUGGUAUUAUUGUGUCUAGUUGUACUCAAGCUCACUCCAACAUCUGCAAAUACCUUGAAUGAAGCCUAUGGAGAUGAUAGUGGGUGCCCAUUAGGGACAGGCAUAUACCAAUACACUUGCCCUGAAGCUGAGGCCAUAAUCUUCUCUUGGGUGGAGCAAGCAGUGUCUGAAGACUCGAGAAUGGCAGCUUCACUGCUUAGGCUACAUUUUCAUGACUGCUUUGUCAAUGGUUGUGAUGCUUCAGUAUUGCUAGAUGACACAGAGGAGUUUGUAGGUGAGAAAAGUGCAGGUCCAAACUUGAAUUCACUCAGAGGAUUUGAAGUAAUCGACAAAAUAAAAUCAGAACUAGAAUUAGUCUGUCCACAGACUGUCUCUUGUGCUGACAUACUGGCAGCUGCUGCCCGAGAUUCAGUUCUUCUGUCCGGAGGUCCAAUUUGGGAGGUGAAAAUGGGAAGGAAAGAUGGUAUGACUGCUAGUAAGGAAGGAGCAAAUAAUAACAUCCCAGGCCCAAACUCCACUGUGGAUGUUCUCGUCGCUAAGUUCCAGAGUGUAGGCCUUACACUUAAAGAUAUGGUCGCUCUCUCAGGUGCUCACACAAUAGGAAAAGCACGCUGCAAAACAUUUAGCUCUCGUUUACAGAGAAGUAGCGACUCAGAUAGUCCUAAUGCUAAUAUUGAUUUCAUCACUUCAUUGCAACAGUUAUGCUCAGGACAAGACAAUAGCAACACAGUUGCACACCUUGACCUGGCUACGCCAGCUACGUUUGAUAAUCAAUACUUCGUUAAUCUUCUUUCCGGGGAGGGAUUGCUCCCAUCAGAUCAGACUCUCGUUAAUGGGAAUGAUCAGACACGACAGAUUGUUGAAACCUAUGUAGACAACCCAUUCGCUUUCUUUGAGGACUUCAAGUAUUCAAUGUUGAAAAUGGGAAGCUUGGGAUCACUUACACAAAGUAAAGGCCAGAUUCGUAGGGACUGCCGAACUAUUAACAAAUUUUAA